AUGAACAUUCUGGUCUACUCUGGCGACGGCACCUCCCGGACGUCGCUCAUCCACACCGUCAACAGCCUGCGCUCCCUCGUCGGACAACACUACGAUGUCAUGAAAAUCGAUGCCACAGGACUGCUUACCGAACCGUGGGAAGAUUCGACAUCCCUGCUGGUUAUCCCUGGGGGGAGGGACUUGCCAUUUACUAGAGACCUCAAUGGGGCCACCAACGAUCGGAUCAGGAACUAUGUUCAGUCUGGAGGGAGGUUUUUUGGGAUCUGUGCUGGGGCGUAUUAUGGAUCGGAUCGGAUCUCGUUUGAGCUAGGCCGGUCGUUGGAGGUGCAGGGGGAGAGAGAGUUGAAGUUCUUUGCGGGAGAGUGUCGAGGGGCUGUUUAUCCUGGAUUUGUUUAUGAAUCUGAGAGUGGCGCCAAUGCUGUCGGGAUUCAACUCAACCAGGAGGUCUUUUCUCGGACACAGCAGGGGCAGGAUGCUGGGCUUGAUUUUGCAGAGACCAAGGUCUACUUUAAUGGAGGCGGGUACUUUGUGGACGCAGACAAGUAUCCAGGGACCACUGUCAUGGCCUGGUACAAGAAGGAAUCAACCCAGAUUGAGCCAGACUCUCCAGGACCCAAAGCAGCUAUGGUCGCCUGUCAAGUCGGACAAGGAUUGGCGGUUCUCACAGGCGUUCACCCGGAAUACAAUGCGACUCAUCUGGAUGCACGCAACCCGGAAUACGGACCGCAGCCAAAUGUUGUGAACCGGCUAUUGGAGCGGGAACAUGAGCGGCGACUGUUUUUGAGAUCUGUCCUGGCCAAGAUGGGCCUUUCCGUCGCUCCACCAGAACCUGGUCAAGCUGCUACGGCUGUGAAUGGGACGACCACAGGAGUCAUUCAAGGCGUUCCUUCGAUUACUCCUCUUUUCCUUGCAUCCGUCCAGCCAUCGUACACAACAGAGUUGAGCAGGACUUUGUUGGGACUCGCCAAUGGUCAGGGCCAGAUACAGGAAGUCAACGAUACCUUUCAAAUUGUUCCGUCGCUCCAGCACACGAUCCCGGUUCAUAACCCCACAACACCGGCGACAGCUCCAGGACUGGAACAGGAGGAAGGUGAAGAAAAUAUUACCAAGAACAUUGUCCUCUGUGCUGACGCACCACCACCAACGACCAUGACACCUGAAUUCAACAUGGCGCACUUUUUCCAGCACCUCGACCUGACCCGCCAACAACAACUGGCGACCGGCAUCGGCUCCCGUUUCAGCAACAACAACCUCACAUUCGGCAACAGUCUCCUGUACGGUCAAGUUGUGACCUCGACACAGACAAUGCUGGACAAAAACUUUGGGCUCUGCCAGAGGCUGCCCAACGGCUUUGUGUGUAAUGCGACUAUUCAAGUGUCAGGACGAGGACGCGGUCGAAACUCUUGGAUCUCUCCGCCAGGCUGUUUACAGUUCUCGAUGGUGCUGCGACACCCGGUGCAAGCGAUUCAUGCAUCAGCGGUGUUUGUGCAGUACCUGGUGGCAUUGGCGGUGGUCGAGAGUGUAUGUUCGUUGCCUGGGUAUGAGGACUUGCCAUUGAGACUCAAGUGGCCUAAUGAUAUCUAUGCGGAAGCGCCCCUGGACCACCCUUCACAGGCUCAGGCGGCAACAGCAAGCUCCUCGCCAAAGAUGAUUAAGAUUGGAGGCGUCCUCGUCAACUCCAACUUUGACGGCUCUGAGUUCCUCUUGGUCAUCGCCCUCUUCUCCCAAGAAACCCUCCUUGCUCAGAUCCUUGUCAAAUUCGAACAAUUCCACCGCCAGUUCCUAGGCGGUAAUGGAACCGGAUUCGCACAAUUUGAAGAGAUGUAUUACCGGCGAUGGUUGCACUCGGAUGCAAUCGUGACACUGACGACCAUGACGCCUCAUCGGCGGGUGAGGAUUAAGGGUAUUUCGUUGGAUUAUGGGUUGUUGAGGACUGUUGGCGUGGAUGAGCAGGGGAGGGAGGUGGGUGGAGAGGAGUUUAGGUUGCAGCCGGAUGGAAAUAGCUUUGAUAUGUUGAAGGGUCUUAUCUCGCAGAAGGCGUAA